AUGACCAAGUCAACGAUCAAAGCCGUUUUCUUUGACUUCAUGGGAACGUGUCUGGACUGGCACAGCAGUGUAGUGCAGGCCUUGCCCUCUGCCAUCCCCGAGAGCGAAGCAUCCAGCCUAGCACUUGAAUGGCGGCGGCAAUACUUCCUCGAAAACAGCAGUCGGGUGAGUCAGAGGCUCAAUCCCGAGGAUAUCGACAUCACACUCGCCCGCAGCCUGGAGGUUGUUCUCGGGCGGUUCCCCGCACACUCGCCUCAUUUCGAUGAUCAGACCAAACUCCACCUCAUACAGGUCUGGCACUCCCAAAAGGCAUGGCCGGAAGUGUCUGACGCAAUCCAGAGUCUUCGGACCAGACUCGGGUUGGAAGUCUUUGUGCAUGCGAACGGGACAACCCGGCUCCAACUCGACCUGACCCGCUCCUCGGGCUUGGAAUUUGACCUGCUAUUUUCAAGUCAGCUCCUGGGUGCGUACAAACCAAACCAGGAGGCAUAUGUAAAAGCCCUGGAGCUAGUCAAACUCCCUGCAGAGGAGGUUGUACUGGUUGCGGCGCAUGCUUACGACUUGCGGGGUGCAAAGGCGUGUGGAUUGAGAACCGUAUAUGUUCAUCGGUGGACAGAUGAUCUCGAUGAGGAUAUGGAAGAGGUGAAAACGGAGUUUGAUGCAUUCUUAGAGAACAUGGAUGAUCUUGCUCUUGUUAUUGAAGCCCUUUGA